UGCCGAUGCCAUGACAACAACCGAGGAGCGCACCAUCCUCAUUGAUGGUACCGAGAGUCUCUUGCUGCUAGAAUUUUGCAACAGACACAACUGCACUCUGCUCAUUUCCGAAGAUGAAGAAGGACAAUGGGGCGUAAUUUAUGAGAAUCGCACUGGGAAUGGACUCACUGGAGCUGUUGUGGAGAGAAGGGCCGAAGUGACAGUUGGAGCAAUUUACAUGUGGUUCUACGAAUCUACUUUUCUCAGUCUUUCAACAAUUAUUUCUCGUACCGGAAUCACUUGUAUUGUACCUAGACCGGCACUGCUUCCUGGUUGGCUGACACCAAUCCUUCCAUUUUCUGGAAAACUCUGGAUGGCUGUUUUAGCAUCACUCAUCGUGGGAAUAAUUAUCUUACGAUUUAUUGCUAAUUACCGUUCAUCUGCAAUUGUCCAUUCAUCAGCUAAUCACACCUUUGUUGAUUCAGUUGCCACAAUGAUGGGAAUUUAUGUUCUUCAACCGACAAAAUUCAUUGACAGAAAAUUUGUUGAAAGGACAUUAUUUGGAUGUCUCCUGGUGACUGGAUGGUUUAUUGGGAACAUCUAUGGAAGUGGAUUGUCAAGUGUUAUGACUAUUCGUAGGUAUCUGGCACCAAUUGAUACACCUCUUCAACUGGCUGAAAGUAAUAUGGAAUGGUCAGCUACUCAUGAUGCCUGGAUUUUCUCAAUACAGUCAGCUACUCAUCCUGUUCUUAUGACUCUUGUGCACAACUUUCACAUUCGAAACCACGAAGAACUAAGAUGGAGAUCAAUCAAGGGGGACAUUGGAUUCUCAAUCGAAAGACUCCAGUAUGGGCAUUUUGCUAUUGGUGAAUAUAUUCAAGAGGACGUUCUUGACAAUUAUCAGAUCAUGAUUGAGGAUAUCUACUGGGAGUACUGUGUAGCAAUGAGUUAUAAAACUUGGUCCCUGAUGCCCAGCUUCGAUCUUCUAGUGAUGCAAGUCGCAGAAUCUGGUAUUCAGAAAUACUGGGAAUUGAUGGUAGUCCAGAGACACCUCAACAACAAAGUUCAGUUAGGAGUUGCACAAUCCCGACAUCACGACAAUAUUGGACCAAUACCUCUCGCACCAUCCCAUAUCCUGGGUCUUUUUGCUGUUUGGGGCUUUGGAUUGACUCUGGCAACUAUUGUUUUUAUCAUUGAGAUAUCUUGCUGUAGAAACAAAAGAUAAUGUGUAACAUGUAAAGUUAGACUAUUUAUUCUUUAAAAAAUAGA